AUGCUGGAUGGCUGCAGCUGGCGGGCAUGGGUGGUGCGGGCAUUGGUGGCGGGCAUUGGUGGCGCGGGCGCCACCGCCCAUGUGGCCACGGCUAGCUGCCUGAAUGGGAGCCGACUGACUAUAGAGCUCCUGAUGCCGGGCGUUCCCUGUCCAGUCAGCCUGCCGGCUAACGGCGUGGCAAAUGGUGGCGGCGCCGCCGCCCCGGCCGAUGCGCCCAAGAAGCAGAGCCCCAAGGUCCACUCUGUGGCCUCAGAGGAGGACCUGGUUACGCUGCACAACCUGCUGGCCGAUGCUCAGGAGGCGCAGGCCAAGUAUUCGCGCUUCACGCAGGAGCAGGUGGACGAGAUCUUUGUGGCGGCAGCGCUGGCGGCCAACCAGGCCCGCCUGCCGCUGGCCAAGAUGGCGGUGGAGGAGACGCGCAUGGGGCUGGUGGAGGACAAGGUCACCAAGAACCACUUCGCCUCUGAGUUUGUGUGCAACAAGUACCGCUUCGAGAAGACGUGCGACGUGAUUGAGGUGGAUGCGCCUGGCGGCGUGACCAAGGUGGCAGAGCCCGUGGGCGUGAUUGCAGGCGUGGUGCCUACCACCAACCCCACCUCCACCGCCAUCUUCAAGGCCCUGCUUGCCCUCAAGACCCGCAACGCCCUGGUGCUGUGCCCGCACCCGCGCGCCAGGCGCUGCACGAUUGAGGCGGCUCGCAUCGUGCACGAGGCGGCGGUGGCUGCGGGGGCGCCGCGCCACAUCAUCUCCUGGAUCGAGCACCCCUCCAUGUGCAUCUCCCAGGCGCUCAUGCAGUCCCCAGAGAUCUCCCUCAUCCUGGCCACGGGCGGACCCCAGAUGGUGCGCGCCGCCUACUCGUCUGGCCACCCCGCGCUGGGCGUGGGCGCGGGCAACACGCCCGCCGUCAUCGACGAGACCGCCGACAUCCAAAUGGCUGUGUCCUCCAUCCUGACCUUUGACAACGGUGUGAUCUGCGCCAGCGAGCAGAGCGUGGUGGUGGUGGACUCUGUGUACGACAAGGUGCGGGAGGAGCUGGUGCGCCGCGGCUGCUACUUCCUCAAGGACGAGGAGGAGAAGGACAAGGUGCGCUCCACGCUGAUUGUGGAUGGGCGGCUGAAUGCCGACGUGGUGGGUCAGUCUGCGGUGAAGCUGGCAGAGAUCUUUGGGCUGACGGUGCCCGAGUGGACGCGCGUGCUGGUGGGAGAGGUGGACCGCAUCGGCAAGGAUGAGCCCCUGUCUGAGGAGAAGCUGUGCCCGCUGCUGGCCAUGUACCGCGCCCGCGACUUUGACGACGCAGUGCAGAAGGCCGACCGCCUGGUCAUGCUGUUUGGCGCGGGCCACACCUCCGUGCUGUACACCUCCCCGCUCAACCGCGCCCGCAUCGAGCGCUUCACCCGCGCCAUCAAGACUGUGCGCGUGCUGGUCAACACACCCUCCAGCCAGGGCGCCAUCGGCGACCUCUACAACUUCCACCUCGACCCCUCCCUCACCCUGGGCUGCGGCUCCUGGGGCUCCACCUCCGUCUCCACCAACGUGGGCCCCCGCCACCUGCUCAACAUCAAGAGCGGCAUCGAGCGGCGCGAGAACAUGCUGUGGUUCCGCGUCCCGCCCAAGGUCUACUUCAAGGGCGGCUGCCUGGAGCCGGCGUUGCGCGAGCUCAAGGGCAAGCGCCGCGCCUUCAUUGUCACGGACAAGCCGCUGUUUGACCUGGGGUACGCCGACCAGGUGACGCGCAUCCUGGACACCGUCAACAUCCAGUACCAGGUCUUCUACCACGUGGCCCCCGACCCCACCCUGGCCUGCAUCCGCGAGGGCCUGUCUGAGAUGAACGAGUUCAGGCCCGACGUCAUCAUCGCGCUGGGCGGCGGCUCGCCCAUGGAUGCAGCCAAGGUCAUGUGGCUGAUGUACGAGGUGCCCGACAUCAAGUUUGAGAGCCUGGCCAUCCGCUUCAUGGACAUCCGCAAGAGGGUGUACGAGGUGCCGGAGCUGGGCAAGAAGGCGCAGCUGAUCUGCGUGCCCACCACCUCGGGCACCGGCUCCGAGGUCACGCCGUUUGCGGUUGUGACCGAUGAGUCCACCGGCAUGAAGUAUCCGCUGGCCGACUAUGCGCUCACACCCAACGUGCUGGCCCACAAGCUGGGCUCCGCCUUCCACGUGCCGCACGGCCUGGCCAACGCCGCCCUCAUCUCCCACGUCAUCCGCUACAACGCCACAGACAGGCCCCUCAAGAUGGCCGCCUUCCCGCAGUACCAGUUCCCGCAGGCCAAGGGCCACUACGCGGAGCUCAGCGACAUGCUGGGCCUGGGCGGGGGCAGCCCCGACGAGAAGGUGAUCAAGCUGAUUGAGGCGGUGGAGGAGCUGAAGCGGCAGUGCGACAUACCGCCCACCAUCCGCGACAUCCUGGGCGCCGACAAGGAGGGCGAGUACAUGGCGGCGCUGGACGAGAUGGCGGAGAACGCGUUUGACGACCAGUGCACGGGCGCCAACCCGCGCUACCCGCUCAUCUCCGACCUCAGGCAGAUCCUCAAGAUGACGGCGGUGGGGAAGAGCUGGGCCACCCGGCGCACCGCCUCGCGCGCCUGCUCCGACAUCAGCGCCAGGUCGGGGUUGGACACGAUGGGCGUCAGCGUGCCUGCGCGGGCGCCACGCGGCGGCGGCGGGGCGCGGUGA